UAUAAAGCUAUUGGCUAUUGUUAGUUAGAUUGUCUAGCUAGUUGAAUUAUCACAACUCUAGAUAUAUAGCAAUAGUAAAAAAUAAUAUAAAAAUAAUGAAUUGAAAUACGAAAUUCGAUACGAUGGAGAAUCUCAAGUGUCUAUAAAAACCCAAUUAACUAGAUCCAAAGUCUAAACAUCUAAAUCCCAAAUUCUUCAAUUUAUAGCCAGCCCUCAUGGACUUCGACACUCCCUCUAUCCCCUUUCUCAUUUCCAUCUUUAUGUUCGUAGUAUUCGUGUUCGUGUUCGUGUCCGUGCUUUCCAAAACCGGCAAGCGGAGCACAGAUCUCCCUCCGGGGCCGCGGAAGUUGCCUUUUAUAGGCAACUUGCAUCUCCUCGCCGGCUCUGCUCCACCCCAUCAUAUUUUUGCAAACUUGGCCAGUAAAUACGGACCCUUGAUGCACCUAAAACUAGGCGAAAUCGGCGCCGUAGUCGUCUCCUCGCCGGAAACAGCAAAAGAAUUCUUGAGAACAAACGACGUAGUCUUCGCCUCCAGGCCGUCUCUCCUGGCGACGGAGAUCAACUGCUACGGAAAUACAGACAUAGCUUUCUCCCCCUACGGCGAUUACUGGCGACAGCUGCGCAAGAUCUGCACGCUUCAGCUUCUCACGGCGAGGCGCGUGCAAUCAUUCCGGCCUAUAAGAGAGGGAGAAGUUUCGGAGCUUUGCAAAUGGAUAGCUCUGCGCGAAGGUUCAACGAUCAAUCUGACAGAAAAACUUACCACCACGAAUCUUAAUAUUAUGAUCAUGGCUGCCUUUGGGAAAAAGAGUGGUGAAGCAGCUAAGCUGAAGGAUAUAAUCAAAGAAGCUCAAGAAUUCCUCAAUGUCUUUAAUAUUGUUGAUGUGUAUCCUUCAUUCAAAUUCCUCAGGCUGUUUAGCAGGAUGAGGAAGAAGAUAGAGGAACAUCAUCGCCAUUUGAACAGGAUAACGGAGAGCGUCAUCGAGGAGCGGCGGCGGCGGCGAGGGGAUGCGUCGGAGGGUGGCGGUGGAGGAGAAGAUGAAGGAGACUUUCUCGGUGUUAUGCUAAAAUUACAAGGUGAUGGAUCGCUCGAGAUUCCAUUGACAACUGACAACAUCAAAGCUGUUUUGUUGAAUGGUGCUGGUGUUGAGUCAUCAACCACAACUGUCGAUUGGGCAAUGGCAGAAAUGCUGAAGAACCCUACGAUUCUGCAAAAGGCACAAGAUGAGGUAAGAGGCGUCUUCGAUGCCAAAAAUUAUGUAAACGAAAGCUGCUUUCAUGAGCUAAACUACCUCAAGUUAGUUAUCAAAGAAACUCUCCGGUUGCACCCACCGGGGCCUCUCUUGCUUCCGAGGCAAAGCAGAGAGCCUUGCGAGAUUAAUGGAUACCAAAUUCCGGCCAAAACAUGGGUGUUGGUGAAUGCUUGGGCAAUCGGAAGAGACCCCAAACAUUGGGAGGAUGCAGAAUGCUUUAAACCAGAAAGGUUUCUUGAAAAACUAGUUGAUUUCAAGGCGAAUACAUUCGACUACAUCCCUUUUGGCGCAGGUAGGAGGAUUUGCCCAGGAAUUGGGUUUGGGAUUGCAAAUAUAGAAAUCGAACUAGCAAUGCUUCUCUACCAUUUUGAUUGGAUUCUGCCUCAUGGAAUGGAACCUCAAGAACUGGAUAUGACGGAGUUAUCAGCAAUGUCAGGACGAAGGAAAUGCAGUUUCAAUGUAAUUCCUAUUAUUAGGAGACCUUUGUUGUAAAAAUAGAAUAAAUUAAUUCAGAUGAGAUCCUCUGUCCCAACUCUAUGUUCUGUCAUCCAUGUCCCAU